CGAUUCCGGCCUGAUCCAGACUCACGUUCAUGGUACCAAUUUCUUUGUUGGGCCUUAGCACACUUUUUGAUCCCAAACGAUCCUGGCUAGCGCUAUAAAGCGCUUUGCUGUUACCCCUUCUGCGUUUAGGGUUUUUGGCUGCUGAAUCACUGCUUCCUCCUUCGUAUCUUCUGCCUCCACAUUUUCAUCUGCAAGGAUGGCUGAGCAGACUGAGAAGGCCUUCUUGAAGCAGCCAGGUGUUUUUCUCAGCUCAAAGAAAACAGGUAAGGGCAAGAGGCCCGGAAAGGGAGGCAACCGUUUCUGGAAGAGCAUCGGCUUAGGGUUUAAAACUCCCCGCGAAGCUAUUGAGGGUACAUACAUUGACAAGAAAUGCCCCUUCACUGGAAAUGUUUCUAUUAGAGGUCGUAUCCUUGCUGGUACUUGCCAUAGUGCUAAGAUGAACAGAACAAUCAUUGUUCGUCGUGACUACCUCCACUUUGUGAAGAAGUAUCAGAGGUAUGAAAAAAGACACUCAAACAUUGCUGCCCAUGUGUCACCAUGCUUCCGUGUAAAAGAGGGUGACUAUGUUACCAUUGGUCAAUGCAGACCACUAUCCAAGACUGUUCGGUUCAAUGUUUUGAAGGUGAUUCCUGCUGGUUCUGCCAGUGGUGGAAAGAAGGCAUUCACUGGACUGUGAAGUGUAGUUUCCUGUUAACUUUUAAAAGUUUCCAAGUAAUGAUAUUAGACUAUGUUGCUUCCUGUUGAGUUCUGAUUCGUUUGGUCUUUGUCCUACAUUUUGUACUCUAAAUUAUAGAAUGCAUUUAAAUUUAAAUUUUGAGACUCCAGUUUCAGCAAACUUUGGAUGAUUUAUAUUCUCCUAACCAUGCCUUAAUUUUCCUCAUGUUUUUUUCUAUGAGUUUCUAUUGGCCUUCAAAAAGGUGCUAUUGAGGAUUUGGUUCAUC